AUGAACGGUAUAUUUUUUCCUCGUAAACAAUCCUUCAUCCAACAAAAGUAUUUUCAGAUUUCAAAUAUGAUCCUAGAAAAGUUACAAUAUCUAUACUGAUUAUAAUAAUCAUCUCGUUUUGCACUCCAGUUUCAGCUGAAAGCGAUGAUACAAUUAAAUUUCCAAGUAUUUCGGAUCCCAAGUUUAUGCCUAAACUUGUAGAUAGUAUGAUACAAUUUAUUCGUGAAUUGAAAAAACAAAUUAAUAUUUAUGAUUAUGUGGAUGAUAUAGAUAAUACAACGGUAAUAAUUGGGGAAAUAUCUGAGCCCAAGCUUGAAAAAUUGUGAUCAGAAAUGACCUAAAUUCCAUAGCUUCUGUCAAAAAUUGUUGAUUUUUCAGAUCGAUGCAGAUUCGGGCCAAACAGAACCUGUUGACACAACAACUUCAGCUGAAACUCAAUCGCAACCAAAUCAGGAAGAAACUCCUGAGGUUUUGGAGACAUCUACAAAAGUGCCAACAACUGAAGAACCAGAGAUAGUAACUACAGCGCCAGCUGAAACGACGCAGGAUUCAACAACCACACAGGAAAUUGAAUCUUCGACUGAAGCUGCACCCGAACUUCCUGUGAUUAUACUUGGAAACACAACCUUAGCGCAAACUACAAUUGAAUCAACGACUUUAGAAGUUGAAACUACAACUUUGAAACUCGAAACUACAACUGAAGAACCGACCACUGCGGAAGUUGAAAAUUCCACAAAAACAGAAGUUCCAACUGAAUUCACAACAGCAGAACCUGAAACUUCUACAACUGAAGUUCUGAGUGAAUCAACAACUUCGCAGUGCGAAACUUCUACAUCCGAAGUCCCAACCACGGAAACAUCAACAGAAUCCACUACUACUCUUAAAACUGAAACUACAACUGAAGUUCCAACAUCAACACCAGAACCAGAAACUUCCAGCUCGACCACAACAGCAAAUCCACCAAUUCCGCCUGUAGAAUCAGAACCUGAAUCUACAACAGAAGAAUCUUCCACAUCUACAACUGAAGUUCCAACAACAUCUUUGGAACCUGUAACUUCAACAACCACAGAUAUUCCACCACCACUUCCAGAACAAGCACCACUUAUUGAGAAAAAUGUGCACUUUUUGACGACUUGCGAGGUAAGAAUUUUUGCGGGCUGGAGAAUUGAGGAAUCCAGAAAAUAUGAACUUUGAAAAACUGGGCCAGUUUCAUGAUUAUCUUCAAAAUUAAAAUGAACUUAUUUGUUUCUGAAUCGAGAUAUUCAUAAGAUCUUUCAUUUUCUAAAACACCUCAACCUUCUCAUUUCCUUUUUUUUCCAGGACAGUCAUCAAAGUGAGCCAUGUCCCGGUUUGUGUGCUGCAUUGAAACCAUCAAAAGACAAUCAAAAAUCUGGUUUUCUUCUGGCGUAUUUCAUUCCUGGUAUUAUUAUUUGCUUGUUCCUAGUUAUUAUUAUGAUUAUUUUAAUCUAUACAAGUAUUUUGAUCAAGAAAUUGAAAAAGAAGAGAGGUAAGUUGAGCGUUCAGAUUUUCAUUUGACAAAAAAAACAAAUUUCAGAGGAAGCGGAAAAGGCUCAAGCAAAAGCUGCUAAGAAGAAAGCCGCCAAUGCACAAGUAAAUGAGCAAAUUAGUCAAAAAUUAAUUAAUCAGGAGCAACAGCAAAUUCAGCCAGAGAAAACUGGUUCAAAAAUUAUUCAAGCGGAUUCAAAAGUUGUGGAGCCUGAGAUUGAGCCAAGUGCGUCAAAACGAAAACUUCAAAAAGAAAAAUCGGCACCAAACAACAGUGGUCCAAACACAAAAUCUGAAGAUAAUACUGAAAGUUUUAAGCCGAAAAAACAUUUGAAUGAUUUGAAAAAAUUGAAAGAUUAUAAUGAGAAAAUGGACAAAAUGCAUGAAACCGAUUGGAAUUCCGAAAAGUUUAUCAAAAGAGGUCCGAUGGUUAUGCAACAUUUGAAACUUGGUGAAGCAGCGAAGCAAAAUGACGAGAUUGCACCGGAUAUUAUUUUGGAAAAAGUUUAUUAUGAACCGGCUGGAAAUGAGAUAUUUGAUAUUGGAACUGAAAUUGAGAAUAUUGAAUCAUCAAGAUCGGAAACGAAAAAGAAACAGAAGAAUAUAUCGAAAAAGAUGGCGAAAAAACUUGGAUCGAGAGAAAGUGGAAAAAGUGCAAAAGGGGAUAAAACGGUGACUUUAUCAUAA